AUGGCAGCCGUUGCCCCACAAGCACAGUACGCGAACGUCCACGUCCCGUCGCCGCAUUCGUCCAUGCCAGGACGUACUCCUCAAUCAUCCCCAGUCCCCUCAUUCCGGUCAGUGCGAAUCAAGUCCCCAGCCCCCUCUGGCCGCUCAAGACCAACUUCCGUCUCCUCCAUGUCGUCCAUGGCUCCUCCGGCCCGUAUCCCCGCCUGUCCAGGUCUGAGCCCGCAUACGAUCUCUCGCGCCUCCCCAUGCCCCUCAUUGCGUUCAUCACCCCGCCUUCGCAGCCCGGAAGAGCACUACGAGCUGCUCGAGCGUAAGAGCGCCGAGGUCUCCCGUUCACUCCUCGAGGCGAUGGAGGAUCUGGACGCCAAGGACUCGAUUAUCGCAGAUCUGCACCACACGAUCGGAGACCUGACGCAGAAGCUUGUCGAUGUUCGCCGCGAGAAUGUUCAGAUCGUGAAAGCUGCAACACCAUUCACAGAUGCGGCACGAUGUGCGGGAGCCGAUGCAGAAAACGACGGGGAGAAGGAAGCACUGAAGCGCCGCGUUGCCCAGCUGGAAGUCGAGAAUGAGACUCUCAAGCGGAGGAUGGACAAGGUGUCCGUCGUGAGGGCGACGAUGUGA